UGAGGAAAAGUCCAACCCUGCUGACACCGCUGAGUUCUGCUUCUGCUGAGUGUCUGCCAGCUGACAGGGGCUACUCUCCUAUCUGCUGCAGCCAGCCCACUUUGGGCUGUGAUCCCAUCACAGUGGGGCAGCCUUGGCCAGCAUUAAGAUGGCAGAGCCCCGCCAAGGGAAACCCAGGACAUGGCAUGGAGGAAUUAGGAUUUAUACAGCAUCCCAGGCGCACAUGGCACUUCACAGCUAAGUACACGUGGCCCCUGCAUGUGUCCAGUAGGGGCAGAUGACAACAUGCUGUGAGCCGGCGGGAGGGAAUCAGAUGGGACUCUGACAGCAUCAUGAUGGUUGGGGUAUAAAGACUCAUAGCUAGCUAGGGAAGGGAAGAGAGGUGCUGGGGACUCAGUAGGGGGAGUGCUCUCCUUUGGGGUGUUGUGCUCCAUUCUGGGUCAGUAGUGACCCCAGGCCCCAGUGUGGCAGGACGGGGGACGAGGUGAUAGGUGUUGUGUGGAUGAGAUGUAAACUGAAGUGCUGACCAUGUGUGGUCAUUAGAUCCUCUGGCAUGUUGGAUAAGAGCUGGGAUGUCAGCCUGGAUGUCUUCUACCUCCUGCAGUUUGAAGUGACACAAAGUCUUCACCUUCACACAACCUCUUUAGCUGUUGUUUAGUGAAUUAUGUCCCACCUAGCCCCUCUCCUGGCACUCAGGGCAGGGUUGGUCCCUGUUGUGUUGCACUCAGUCUACAGUAGUUGUAAACUUGUUGAACUUCACUGCUUCACUGCUACACAGUUGCCACAUUACAUCCUAGAGGUGGCCGCAUGGAGUGGUGAGUGAAAUGAUCCCUUGUGGAUCUAAAGUACUUUGGGACUCUUCAGAAUAUAAAACCGAAAGGCCGGAUGGUGCAGGGGACUGGCUGUGCAGGCUAGCAUUACAACAGCUAUAAACAUGCUAGAUAAUACUUAGUCCUGCCAUGAGUGCAGGGGAUUGGACUAGAUGACCUCUCGAGGUUCCCUCUAGGCCUAUGAUCCUAUGCUAUUUAUUAGCAUUGUUAUUUAUUAGCUCAGUUGCCUUCCUGCUUCUCGAUGUAUACCAGCAAGUGCCCUGAAUGCUCCACAACAGAUCUGAGCUGGAAGGGCCGAGUGCCCUGUGGAUGGGUGGGUGAUGCAGGCAGAAGGCAGUGGGACAGGUUCAGCAGAAACAGCACCUCAGAAGGGCAAGUCCUGCCCUUCCAGGAGGUUUGGGGCCGCAGCUUCUGUCGGCCCUUGGAGAUGCUGGUGGAUAUUGUGUCCGAGUACCCCAGUGAGGUGGAGCACAUGUUCAGCCCUUCCUGCAUCUCCCUGCAACGCUGCACCGGCUGCUGUGGAGACGAGACACUGCAGUGUGUCCCAGUGGAGACGGCCAAUGUCACCAUGCAGCUCCUGAAGAUGAAGCCAGCGGGGCAGGUGCCCUAUGUGGAACUGUCCUUUACAGAGCACAGGCAGUGCGAGUGCAGGCCUCGGCGGGAUACACUGAAGUCAGGAAGGAGGAGACCCAAGGGCCAAGGCAAGAGGAAACGAGAGAAGCAGCGACCUAAAGGCUGUGAUCUAUGUGCCAUUCCACGCAGAUAGUCAUCUCAGCAGGAGAGGGCAGCACCACAGUGCCCGUACUUAUUACCAAGUCCUCUAACCACCUGUAUGUAUGCGCCAAUUGCAUUCUUGACUGAACACUGUGGGACUUGUGGCUACUUGCACCUAUGAGCUGUGACCCUCCAAGCAGACAAGAAGUGGCGAGGUGAGCAACAGGACAGGAGCAUGGGCCCUUUUGCCGGAGAGGAUGACCUGGACUUUUGCUUGGCCACCUGCAGGGAUACAGCUCCAGGACCAGGGAAACUCAGCUGCGAGAGAGGCAGUCACCCCUUAGGCUGACCUUCCCCACCUUAAGGGCCUUCCCAGGAAUCUCUGCACAGUUAACAUUAGUGGUUAAAGGAGCCAGGGGCCAGAUUCAGGGCUGAAAAUCUUCAUAAUGAGGCUCAACAGGUCCAGGGCUUUGCAUUCAACACUCAGGCAGAGGACAGCGGGGGACAAGCUUGGCCAAACGUGGGAAUGUUUUUGUGGCCCCUGCAGCUGAAGGAGUAUUCCAAAGUGCUGAGGGUGCAGCAGGACAGCACAGAACCUCAGGGAGGUGCCAGCACAGAACCUCAGGGAGGUGCCAGCCCAGGGGCUGCUGCACUGGGAGCGUUCCCUGUUGUUGUCACCCACAGGAGUCUUGUGUUGCCACCUCCACCUUUGCAGAGCAACCGUUCCCUGAGCUGCCAGCUGGCAGAGGGGACCACACAGUCAUGAAGGAAGGAAACCUGUCCCUAGUGGGGACUCCAGUGUGGUGUCUGUCCAGCUCCCUGCACAGGAAAGAUGUGGAGAAGCUGCAGUGAGCGGGGAUGGGGGCUGGCCUGGGACCUAUCUGCUUUUGGAGUUCCCUGGGUGGGAUGGGAUAGAGAAUCCCAAGUCAACUGUAUCACAGAGGGAAUCAUGACACCCCAGCACCUGGGCUGCAGCAUGGUUCCUGGGGCCCCUCCCCUGGCUGCAGCGCAUAAAAUAAAACCUUAGAUAGAGAAAUCCAGAAG